GUUUUUUUUUUUUUUAUAUCUAUAUAUAUCCAUGUUAUCAGUUUGUAGACGAGCUGCUACAUUGACCCCAGGAUCUCUUCGAUUCCUUAGUCAACGACGAUGGAAUAGUGAUAGUAGUAGCAACAUCCCACCCAAUAAUAAUAAUAAUAAUGAAAAAGACGAAGAAUCAACUAGCAAAGACUCACAGUUUGAUGGAUUAUUGCAUGUUUUAGAUGGAAGUGCCUCUAAAGCCAACAAGACUUCAGCAGUAGAAGGUAUUACUAGUAUUCUUAAUGAAUCCGCCAACAAACAACAACAACAACAACAACAAUCAAUUUUUGGUAGUAAUGUGGGUGAUAAUAAUUAUGAUAUGAGUUAUUUAUCCAUCUCUUUAUCUUCCAUGACCCAUGCACCUUAUCAACUUCAUGUCAAUGCAUCAUUUAAUAAUACCAUUAUUACCUUGACACGACCUAAUGGUUCUCCUUUGGUAACUACUUCUGGUGGUAGUGCUGGUUUCAAAAAAGCUCAACGAAGUGGGUAUGAAGCUGCCCAUCAAGCUGCUAUUCAACUAUUGGAAAAAAUGCAAGCCAAGAAUUUACAAAUCUCCAAUGUUCAUAUCAUCCUCAAAGGUUUUGGUCCUGGUCGUGAUGCUGCUUUUAAGGCUUUGGUUGCUGGUGCUGCUUGGAAUGUUCGACGUAUCACUGAUGCUACUCCUGUUGCCUUUGGUGGUUGUCGACCCAAGAAAGCUAGACGUCUUUAAGGAUUAUUCUUUUAUAUUGUUUUAUUUUAAAUAUUCUUGUACAUGUAGAUUUUUUUUUCUCUUAGAUUAGUUUCUUUUAUUUGUUGUCAUAUUCAUCCUUCAAUAAAAUGAAAAAACCUCACUUUUUUUU